AUGCGUUGUGGCUUCUUUGGCGAUAUCCGAAUCCCACACGACGCCAUCGGCCAUCCAUUAUCUCGUUCCUACCUAUCCCACACUGCCAUCCCACACUCCAUCCCACAAAGCUGGGUCGGGUCUGCAGUAAGCCAGCCUCGUCAGCAUCAGCAGCGCGUGGCAUUGGUGAUUACCUACAUACCUGCCCCCAACGGCACGGCCCAACUGCCAGCCAUGGCUGAAAGCCCUAUCAAGAAGCAGUUUGUUUGCGAGUGCGGUCGCGAGUAUAUUCGCAAGGAACACUUGCAGCGCCACAAAGCCACCCAUGGUCGUCCGUCCUUUACCUGUCCGGCCUGCGAUAGGUCCUUUACUCGCCUCGAUCUGCUCCGACGCCAUUCCAAGAUUCAUGGCGCAGUGGUGCCCGACUCCCGCAAGGAGCCCGCCUGCGAUGCCUGCCACGCCAGCAAGAUCAAGUGCGAUGGUGGCAGCCGAUGCUCCCUCUGCCGCAAACGCGACAUCGAGUGCACCUACCAGCGCGCCAAUCUCGCCCGCCGCGUCAUUGAGGCCAAUCCCGACGUCAUCUUUGAUCUUAGCGGCGGCAACUAUUCCGCCAACCAGAACCAGACGGCCAUGAACCACCACGGUACAACCAAGCCAGCCGCCGGCGGAAGAGUGAGGGCAGCCAGCCGCGCCAGCAGCAGCUCGGCGAGCGACACCACAUCGCCGCCGAUCCUGACGACGUCGCACCAUGCGUCGCCGUUGGAAGUCUCGUGGAAUGAGCGCACCAAGGCCGGCACCCGCGUCAUCGCCCACGCCAUGGGCGUGCUCCGCGAUGGCGGCGAGACUGACGCGCUAUCGAACCCGUCCCCGAAGAUGAAGGACUGGUUGCAUGACUCAUUCAAGUCGUACUUUGCCCAGUUUCAUGAGACAUGGCCAAUUCUGCACGCGCCCGAGUGCGAUGACCCUUUGGACUUUGUGCCGCUGGCGGCCUCCAUUGCCAUCAUCGGAGCUUGGCGCAACAUCACAGACCCGGCCGCUAUGCAAAUGAUUCUUGCAAUUCAUCAAAUAUUGAUGCAAUAUUUAUUUGCCCAAUUGACUCGGUUCACUUUCGACUCGGGCCAGCCUUGGCCGAUUGAAUUAUACCAGGCUAGUCUUCUCAAUGCCAUAUUUGCAUUCGAGAUAGGCGUGAGUACUACAUGA